AUGACAGCAUCAACUAAGUUAGAAACUCCAUACCAGAACCACAUAGAUAAGGCUGAUUUUGACCAUGUAUAUGAACCAGCUGAAGACAGCUUCUUGCUGAUUGAUGCUUUAGAAAAGGACCUACAAUAUUUAAAAGCUAAGAACCCCACAUUCUGCUUAGAAGUUGGUUCGGGCAGUGGAGUUGUCAUUACAGCUUUUGGCAUGGUAUUUCCAAAUACUUUUUGUGUAAGCACAGAUAUUAAUUGGAAAGCCUGUGAAAUGUCAAUAAGUACAGCUAAGUACAACAAAGUAUUGUUGGAACCUGUGAAUAUGGAUCUUGUAAAUUUCUUUGUUGAUAACAAGUUUGAUGUUAUAAUAUUUAAUCCACCAUAUGUGGUAACUGAGUCACAGGAAUGUGGGGGGAAAGAUAUUACAGCAAGUUGGGCAGGUGGCAUAAAGGGACGAGAAAUUACCGACAGACUACUACACAUGAUACCAAAGAAGUUAGCUGAGGAUGGGACCUUCUACCUCUUGCUGAUUCAAGAUAACAUUCCAAAUGAAGUUAUUGAAAUUAUGAGAAUGCAUGGGUUUAAAUCGGAAUUGGUUAUAAGGAGAAUAGUUAGAAAUGAGCACCAGUUAGUGUUGAAAUUUUAUAAAUGAAAGAUUGUUAAUUUGAACUAACUUUUAUUAAAGAGUAUAUUGUAAGGUUUAACAUUAUAUACAAAUAUUA